AUGGUUUCGAGAAGUCUUACAGAGGUUUUUGUGUUGAUGCGAAAUAAUGCAAUCCACAGUCGCCAGAUAUUCGCGGAACAGAACUACACAGAGCGCGUGCGGCUCAUGCGCGAAAGCUCGCGGGACAUGGAGGAGGGCGGUUACGGAUUGCGCUCAGAGGAGCACGCGCCUCCGCCCUGGACGGACGCGUUGGAGGAGGCACACUACGUCAUCACCAGGCUAAAGACCAAAUUAUCCGAGUUGCGGUCCCGGCACGAGCGCCAGAUCCGACGGCCGGCCUUGGACGACUCCAGCGAGCAGCAGCACAUAGGACGCCUCACCUCGGAGAUAGCCAGGCUACUCUCGCAGGCCCAUUCUCACAUUACCGCCAUCAAGUCUCACGCGGCAUAUGGUAGCAAAACGGAACAGAAAAUUGCGAACAACGUAGUGCUAGCAUUAGUAACGACACUAAGAGAGAUCAGCGAACAAUUCCGCUCAGAGCAGUCGAACUAUCUCAAAUGUCUGACCUCGCGCGAGGAACGAUCCAACGCUUACUUCGACCUUCCCAACUUCGAGGAAUUGAGUCUAAACGACAACGAAUUCCUACCGGGCCUUUCAAAUAACCAGACAGAUCUGCUCUUCUCAUUGCCCAGUACUUCCAAGAAUUAUAUGGAAGACGAGAACUCCCAACCGCAGGAGAACUAUCAGAAACAGAUUCAGACUCAGAAGCAGAUGAUGUUGUUGCAAGAAGAUAACACUAGAAUGGUAGCAGAGAGAGAGGAGGAAGUCAACAAAGUAGUCAAGUCCAUAGUGGACCUCAACGAUAUCUUCAAAGAUUUGGCACAUUUGGUCCACGAUCAAGGCACGGUAUUGGACAGAAUCGACUAUAACAUUGAGCAGACGCAGGUGUCAGUACACGAAGGCUACAAACAGUUACAGAAAGCGGAAAGGUACCAGCGGAAAAACAGAAAAAUGCAUUGUAUCCUCAUAUUGGGAGUUACUAUUGUGGUCUUAGCGAUACUCUUGAUAAUAGUGAAGAGUUAG